CCCUCCUGCUGCUGAUAAGCCCUGGAAGACCCAAAAUGAUCCCAAAGGACUGUGACGCGCCGGGAUGUUGCUAUGAGAGCUACUUUAGGAAUGAGCAGGCUCCACCCAUCGCUCCUGUUGCAGAGUUUCAGAGGGGAGUGUUGAAGAGGAAUAGGCCUACACAGCUGCUGCUCAAUGGACCGGAUGGGUUUCAUAUGCUCAUUUUAAAACCAAAAUACUAGGUUGUGACUUUGUUAACGCUCUUCAUCAACAACUGCUUGUCGCUACAACACACUUUGGCUGAUCUAGCUUUGUGAUCAAAGUACUUCGGGGAUCCAGUUCCAGAAAGGGCUGCUUCUCAGGACAGGUGCACACAGUGCGCAGGGAGGAUGGGCAGGCGUGAGGCUGACAGCAGAGGCGCAAUGAACACCAGUGACUGCUCCGAGCUCGGUUGCCCGCGGGACGUGACAUACAGCGGCAUCCGUGCCGUUGAGAAGUCCACGGUGAUGGGAAGCCACCGUGCCUGCAGCGCGGACAAGCGGCAAAGAGACCAAGACAUGGAGGCGGCGGCGUGCCCGGCUCCAAAUGUCACAGAGCCGACUGAAGUAAAGAAGCACCAGCACAAACACAAUUUGAAACACCGCUACGAGGUGAUGGAGACUCUUGGGAAAGGCACCUACGGCAAAGUGAGGAAGGCGGUGGAGAGAGCAAGCCUGAAAACUGUGGCGAUAAAGUCAAUACGCAAGGAGCGUAUCACAGAUGAUCUGGACAUAAUUCACAUCCAGAGAGAGAUUGAGAUCACCUCCUCGCUCAGGCACUCCAACAUUAUACGCUUUCAUGAGGUGUUUGAGAGCCGGGAUAAGAUUGUGAUAGUGAUGGAGUACGCCAGCAGGGGAGAGCUGUACGAUUACAUUCAGGAGAGGAGGAGACUGCCUGAAACAGAAGCCAGAAGCAUCUUCAGACAAAUCACAUCUGCUGUCCACUACUGCCACAAGCAUGGCGUUGUGCAUCGCGACCUCAAGCUGGAGAACAUCCUUUUGGAUCAAGAUUUUAACGUAAAGCUGGCUGACUUUGGCCUUUCGAAUUAUUUCCAGAAGGGCACUCUUCUGCAGACCUACUGUGGAAGUCCACUUUAUGCUGCCCCGGAGAUAGUGAAUGGACUGCCCUACCAGGGGCCAGAGGUGGACUGCUGGGCGCUGGGGGUGUUGCUUUAUGCCCUGGUGUACAGCAGCAUGCCAUUCAAUGGGGCCAGCCUCACCACACUUACAGAGCAAAUCAGCCAAGGUCGCUACAGCAGACCCAACCCCCAAUCAGACGCCUGCGCUCUUAUCGACUGGUUGUUGACAGUGCGUGUGGACGAGAGGGCUACGAUAGAGGACGUUGCCAACCACUGGUGGGUGAACUGGGGUUUUGAAGAGAGUGUGUGUGACUGCCCUUCAUCCCCACACCAAGAAUGCCCCUCCCCCCUACUGGCACGUUACAUUGACUGGCAGAAUCGGGUCGCAGUGAGCAGCAACAUGACUGUUGACCCAGGUUGCCUAUCGUCAGACUCUUCCUGUCCACCUCAACUCUCACCGCACCCCUUUUACUUCAGCUUUCCUCUGACGAGUGAUCGAGGAGGAGGAGGAGGAGGAGGAGGAGGAGGAGGAGGAGGAGGAGGAAGGGUAUGCGGAAGAAUGUCAAGCCUGAGGAAGUCACGCAAAGAGAAUACAAUUCCUCAGACUGCACUUGGAGCUUGUGAUGCUGUUAGUGAAACAGCUGCCUCCUCCGCUGCGAUUUCCUCCACUCCUCCCAUUGAAAGAAAGAAACCCAAGGGUAUUCUUAAACCCCAAAGAAGUUUGGACUCAGUCUUUCAUAACCCUCCUAAAGAAAUCUUCUCCUCCCAACCAUGUAGAGCUGCUCCCAAGCCUUUUCGGACACAUUCACUUUCUCGCACACAUGCUGAUGUCCUAUCCACCAGCCUGCCACCUCCCUCAACAUUCUGUCAGCCCUCAACCAAAAUGCCCAAGAAGGGGAUACUGAAGAACUUGUAUGAAGGGGAAUCGGGUUAUGGCUCAGCCUCACAAAGGAGGAUCUCUGGAGCAGAAGUUAAAGAGGUAGAAGGUGCAGGUGAUUUAUGCUACCACAACCAGCACACUGGGCUCCCAGCGGCAGAAGACAGCCCUACCAUGCGCACUGAAGCAGUAAGAAGAAGGAAGGGGAUUCUGAAACGCAACGGCAAGUUCUCUCGCAGUCUGGAUCUUCACGAUGACCAGCACCCAGCACCUAUGAUAUUCCCUGAAGCUCUGCAGCAGCUUCUCCGGCACACAGGGGACGCCCAGGGUCGCCAUAGCCGCCCCUCAAGUGUGGUGAGCGAGGAUAGCCUCUUCUCUUCCGAUUCCUUUGACCUCCUAGACCUCAGCGCUCAAUCACGCCGCAGGAUUUUCUCUCGGGGGACGCAGCAAAGCGCGUGCAGCUCGGAGGAGGACCUGGAGGAGACGAGAGUUGAGUCACACAGAGUUAGUGGAGAAGGCUGCUGACAUAAGCCCAAGAAACAAGUGUGGUGAAAAAAGGGUUAAACACCAGUUCUUCAGUUGACAUUUCUGUAGCAAUCAGUGCCUGCCAGCUUGAAAAAAACAUCUGGAAAUGUUGCUUAUCACGAACAAGGAUUUUAUUAUGCAUUGUACUGUCUAUGUAAAGCACCAGUUCUUGGCAUAUUUGCUUGUAUUUAAUGAUAAAUGGAACUGCGAUCAAUGCCAUUUCAAUUGUAUUCUGAAUGCAAGGCAAUGCAGAAGGUGAGGCAAAGUGAAAUCUAUAACGGGAUCACGUGACCGAGUAAAUGUGGCAGAAUGGACUGUUUAAUCUACCCACUCUGACCUCAUCUGCAAUAGAUCCACUUUAUAGAUUUUACAGCAGAUUUCUCUUCUGAUAAGCCUUGAAAAUCUGAGUCUGGAUCUGUAAAGCACUGCAUGUUUUCUGAGCUGAUGCAAAGUAAAACAGAGGAAACAAAAUGUUUUAUUGCUUUCCCAUCCAACUAUUUUAUGGUCAUUUUGCACAUAAAACCCUACUGGUAAAGUUGGUGUAUCAAUAAAAGCAAAAUGUGACUAAGUGAAUUAGUGAAUAAAUUAUGACUUAGACGGAAACAUCA